CUCGUCCGUUGUAUAAUAUCGAUGCGUCUGAUUUUUUGGAAAGACUUUAACUAGGAAAGACAUACAAUAAAUAAUAACUUCAAAGUGAGAUGGAUGGAUACAUAUAUGAGAUCUCAGAAGAAGGAAAACUGGUAUAAAGUACAAAUAAAAAGUGCAAAUAAAAGGAUUAAGUCUCUUAUCGCAAAGAGCGGCAAACUUCGUAGUAUUUAUCUGAUGACAUAAGUUUCAAAGGUUAUAUUUCUGACUGACAUAAGCAUUAUUACUGUGAGAUUGUAAUUAUAACAACUUUCUUAAGUAAUGGCAACUUUUGAUCAGCAAAUAAUUACACUCAUAGAUAAUAAUUGAUGAGCACAGUUUAAUAAUUAAAUAUAUCUAUUACUAAUUAUUUAAUUCUAUUAAUUAAUUCUAUCAACAUUCGAUUGAAAUUCAUGUUAUCAUGAAAAACGAGAAGGAAGAAACUUUAGCAGGAUGGAAAAUUAUAUGGUGGUUAUUCAAAUUAUUCGGUCUUCCAAUUACCAUUCCUUGGUUGGUGUAUCAUUUUUAUGAUAUUAUGCUGCAAAAGCGGAAAAAAAUAGCUCUUGAUAAUAAGGUUGUUAUGAUAACUGGCGCUAGUUCUGGCUUAGGAGAAGCUUUAGCUCAUACAUUCUAUAGCUUGGGUUGCAGAAUUAUCUUGGUAUCUCGUAGAAAAGAGGAAUUGGAGAGAGUAAAGAACGAUUUGAUGAAUACUCAUCAAACAGUUCCAACAUAUCCACCUAUUGUUUUAUCAUUAGAUUUAACUGAUAUUAAUAACUUGAAAAAUAAAGUGUCAAAAAUUAUAAUGGUACAUGGCAGAAUUGACAUUCUAAUUAAUAAUGCUGGUAUUUCAUAUAGAGGAGAAGUUAUUGACACAAAUGUUGAUGUAGAUAUAAAAGUCAUGUUAUCGAAUUAUUUCUCUCAGAUUGCAUUAAGCAAAAUUGUUCUGCCAUACAUGAUAGAGCAAAAGUCUGGUCAUAUAAUAGGUAUAAGUAGUGUACAAGGGAGAAUUGCUAUUCCAUUUAGAUCUGCAUAUGCUGCAUCUAAGCAUGCAUUACAAGCUUGGUAUGAUACUGCAAGAGCAGAGCUAUGUGACAAAAAUAUAAAAUUCACGGUUGUCAAUCCAGGAUAUAUUAAAACAUCUCUUUCUCUUAAUGCCUUGACAGGAAACGGGCAAGUUUAUGGAAUAAUGGAUAAAACAACUGAAAGUGGUUUUCAACCAAAGUAUGUAGCUGAAUGUAUUUUAAAAUCUGUAUUGAAGCAAGAAAAGGAAGUUACUAUUGCAUCAUUUUCUCCAAAGUGUGCUAUAAUACUUAGAACUCUGUUCCCUUCACUUUAUUUCUGGAUUAUGCAAAAGCGUGCGAGAAAAUUAGCACGAGACAAAUAAUAUUAUUUUAUAUAUAAAAUAAAAAAUAUCAGAAAUCAUGUAAUUAUAUAAUUUAAUAGAGGUUACGGAUAAAAUUUUAUAAUCAACUUUCAAGUUAUUAUGUUCAUUCAUAUAUAUGUACAUGUAUAUAUAUAUAUGAAAGCAAGGGAUAGCAGUUAAAUAAAAUACACUAUUCAAAAGUAUAUUUUAUUUAUAUCAUAGCCACUCUCUGACUAGUGGAGUAUCUUUACAUUAUGUACACUUUAUUACUAUGAACUUUUAAUUGGAACUGUGUGUGUGUGUGUGUGUGUGUGUGUG